GUAGUAAAACCCUAAUAUAGCCCACCUAUAUAAAUUCACCACUCAAAUUUUGCUAUCGUCUUUUACUCUUCGUUGCAGCCUCUCUCUCUAAGACUUUUGCUUCUCUUCGUUCGUAAAGCCAAUUCAAAGAAUUAAUAUGUCUGGUGAUGCGGCUGUUGUUGCUCCGGUUGUUGAGGCAGCAGUGAUCCCAGAGGACAUGGAUUUAAUGACUGCAGCGGAGUUGACAAUUAGGAAAUCUUGUGCUUAUGGUGGUGUUGUUCGUGGUCUCCAUGAAAGCACUAAGCUUAUUGAGAAGCGUGUUGCUCAGCUCUGUGUCUUGGCUGAAGAUUGCAACCAACCUGAUUAUGUCAAGCUGGUUACAGCUCUUUGCACUGACCACAACAUCAAUUUGCUUACGGUUCCCAGUGCCAAAACACUCGGUGAAUGGGCUGGUCUUUGCAAGCUUGAUUCAGAGGGCAAUGCGAGGAAGGUUGUUGGAUGCUCAUGUCUUGUGGUCAAGGAUUACGGUGAGGAGACUACUGCACUAAACAUUGUCAAGAAGCAUCUUGAAUCUAACUAAAUCAGCAAAGAAAGUUUUAAGAUGCUUUCAUCCCAAAAGAAACACAUUUUUUUUUCUACUGUCCACUCUUCUUAAUUUUUUGUGUUCUGUGUUUUUGAUAUUUAAUACUCCGUAGUAGGGACAGGUCUUGGAAUUUGUUUGGAACAUAAGGUUUAACAAUUUUUAGGCUCUGUCCAUCUCGCUCAAUAAGAUUGAAUAUUUUUUCUUGCUUA